AAAGUUGACAUCGCUCGAGCACUAGCCACCGACGAGGAGAGAGAGAGGGAGAGAGAAUGGUAGCACAAGGGGGGGUGAUUUCUACGAGCUCUUGCUUUCUUUCUCUGCCUCGUCACUGUCGACCCUCCUCUACCAAACCUCCACGAUUAGCUCGGAUGGAAUGAAGAACCUCUCCAAUGGAGCAACAUAUUGUAGCCAUUUUUUUGAAAAUGUGGUAGCCAUGAGUGAUGAUCCAAUCCGUGAAUGGAUUCUUUCAGAAGGAAAGGCCACAAAGAUUAUAAGAAUUAGUCCUGUUGGUGGUGGUUGCAUCAAUCUUGCCAGUCGUUAUGACACUGAUGCUGGUUCUUUCUUUGUUAAAACAAACAGGAGUAUUGGACCAUCAAUGUUUGAGGGAGAGGCUUUGGGUUUAGGUGCUAUGUAUGAAACCAGAUCAAUCCGUGUGCCAAGACCAUAUAAAGUUGGAGCCCUACCAACAGGUGGUUCAUAUAUCAUCAUGGAAUUUAUUGAAUUUGGUGUAUCUAGAGGCAAUCAGCCUGUUUUAGGGAGGAAGCUUGCUGAAAUGCAUAAAGUGGCAAAGUCAAAAAAAGGUUUUGGUUUUGAUGUUGAUAAUACCAUUGGCAGUACUCCUCAGAUGAAUACUUGGACGUCGGAUUGGAUUGAAUUUUAUGCAAAGCAUAGAUUGGGUUACCAACUGAAGUUGGCACGAGAUCAGUAUGGUGAUUCCACCAUUUAUGAGAAAGGUCAAAGACUGAUCAAGAAUGUGGGACCUCUCUUUGAGAAUGUUGUUAUAGAACCGUGCUUACUACAUGGAGACUUAUGGAGUGGGAAUGUCAACUCUGACAAAGAUGGCGAGCCUGUCAUACUUGAUCCCGCGUGCUAUUAUGGGCAUAAUGAGGCAGAAUUCGGAAUGUCAUGGUGUGCUGGAUUUGGGGGAGCUUUUUACAAUGCCUAUUUUGAGGUGAUGCCCAAACAACCGGGUUUUGAAAAGAGAAGGGACCUUUAUAUGCUCUAUCACUACUUGAAUCAUUACAAUCUUUUUGGUUCUGGUUACCGGUCAUCUGCCAUGUCCAUAAUCGACGAUUACCUACGGAUGUUAAAAGCUUAGAAAAUAGCCUAAAAACUUUAUAUUGUUGGUUUUACAAUGUUCUUGUCUCUCUGUAUGUGCGCUUGUUUACUGAAGCUCUGUAAAUAUUUUAAACUGUGUUGAUACAUUAAUGAUGUUGAGUCCUGUGCUUUGUCUACAAGUUUGUAUUUUUGGGUUGAGCAGUCUCAGACACUCAUUUUGCAUUGUUGUUUAUGUGAUUGUUGUUUAUUAAAA